UAACAAUUAUUUGGAUAAUUGAUGUUUAUAUAAAGGAUUAACUUAGUUUUAUCAAAGAUAGGUUUUCCCCAUUUGUACCUCUUUAUCAUGUUAGCCUCAUUUUCAAAUUACUUUGGGAUAUACGUCAUCUAUAUUGCUGCUCUUGGAUCAAUAGCAGUGCCCCUUUUGUCAUCAGAUAUUUUCAUUACAUUUUGAUUGGAUUUUCAUAUUUUAAAUUUGAUUGGAUUAUAUAUACUGAAUAAUGGAUAUUAGUACAUCAUUCUGUGUGAUCUAAGACUUUAAAACGAAUUCAUGGUAACUGUCUUUUCUUAUAAUUAACAACGUUCCUUGUGGAAUCAAAAUGGCUACAAGGAGGAAAUCGGCAAGUCGUGUUCAAACAGAAACAUUAGAUGACCAAAAUCCUUCUAAUUGGACUUCAUCUCAACUUAAGGCUGCCCUCAGUAAAAUAGGGAUCAAGAUUACCGGAAAUUUAUCUAACAGUAGUUUAAGAAGACUGUAUUUGGACAAUCAAACAAAAAAUAGUUCCGCUACGAUUGACAAUUCCGAUAAUUUAGCUGAACGGAAUACAAUUUCUGAUGGAAACUAUUCUUUAAACGUAAGUGAUGCUACUAUACGUGAUCCUAUUGACACACAUACUUCCGAUCACGAUGUUCACACAACUCCUAUUUCGACCGUUCAACAGGAGAUUGCUACGCUGUCUACAUCUUAUGCGCACGCAAUUCCUCAGCUUCCGCCCACUGCUGCAUCUGCGCACGCAACCGUAAACAAUAACAAUCAAAAUGUAAACAUGCAAAACCUCUUGAUGAAUACAAUUCAACUAUGCCAGCAAUCUAUGCAACAAAUGAAUAAACAAGGAGAGCAGAUACAGCCAAGUUUUAAUCUAUCAACGGCUUUAGGACAUGGUUCAACUUCCCUAGGCAUUGCGCCGUCUUUUAAUUCCACUAUUCCCGUUUAUUCUGCUAAUUCAUCAACUCCAGGAAAAUUCGGAUUCCCAGCUUCAUCGUUUUCAGCUGUUGACAUGGUUUCCCCCGAACUACGGAACGAUAUCAUUACAGAUGAACAAGUUCAGACUUUUAGCGCCUCUAGCAGAAGCAACCGCCACUCCUUGCCCACAGCUUUCAGACAUUCUCUGGACAGCUCAGUAGAGACAUUAUGGAAGUAUUCUGUAGCAGACAGUACAAGAUCGCAUUACACUACAGGUUUUGACUUAUAUAAGAAGUUCUCCUUACUACAGGGAUCAUUCUGGACUUCAAAUGAAAUGCCGCCGGUUUCAGAAACUUUGUUAAUGAGAUUUGUUGCCUUUUGCGAUGAACAUAAAAGCUUAAAAUAUAGUACUAUUAAACUGUAUUUAUGUGGUAUAAGAUAUUAUUACUUGCAAUAUGCAGGAUUUAGUCCUUUAGAACAAUAUGGCAAGCCAUUAUUAUGUUUACAAUCUAUUUUAAAUGGUUUAAAAAAGAAGCAGAAAGGUUGUGUAAAAAGGCCUAGAUUGCCAAUUACUAUGUCUUUGUUGUAUAAAAUGGUUAUGCUAUUGAGAAACAAUUUUUUCAGUCUUUUUAACAAUGUUAUGUUAGAAGCAGCUUGUGUUGUAGCUUUUUUUGCUUUUUUGCGUUGUGGAGAGUUCACUAUACUUAGCAACUUUGAUUCGGAAACACAUUUGUGUGUUGGUGAUUUAGCAAUUUUUGAAGAUCACAUUUUAUUACAUUUGAAAAAAUCAAAAACAGAUCCUUUCAGACAAGGUGUCACUAUACCCUUAUACAAAAGUGGACACACUAUUUGUCCUUGCUUUGCUAUUAAAAAUUAUUUGUCUCUUCGAAAGAAAAUGUCAAGUAUUACAUCUGAUGCCCUGUUUGUCUCUGAUGAUGGCAAUCCUUUAAGUAGACAAUUUUUUAUUAAACAUGUCAAAAUUAUUUUAGAAAAUUUAGGCCUUGAAAGCAAAAAUUAUAAUGGGCAUUCUUUCAGAAUUGGAGCAGCAACAACAGCACAGGAAGUAAGAUUAGAAGACCACUUAAUUAAAACUUUAGGCAGGUGGUCAUCAGAUUGUUACACUAGGUAUAUUCAUACCAGCCCUAAAGUAAUUCAACAAGCUCAAAAUCAGUUAGUUUCAUCAAUUUCCUUGUCUUAAACUUUUGUACUGGCAAUAAAAGGAGAAUUAAACUUGGGGCUACAGCUGCUUCGCAUCUGUAUUUGGACUUUUCGAUAAAAUUGUAUACUUUUAUCAUCAAAUUUUAUCUUAUCCCCCAAGUUUUCUGUAUAUAUUAAUUUUCAUUUAUAUGUUAAAAGGGGGAUAACUCUUAAUGUUUAUUAUGUGUAUGCAGCUGUUAGUCCCCAGUUUUUCCAAUGUAAUUUCUUUUUUCAUAUUAUAUGUUAGUUUUAAUAAAUAGUUUUAUUAGCACUGGAUCUUUAUUUAGUCUGAGGAUAAUUAUAUUCCACAUUGAAAAACAACACAUAGAGUUACUUAUCACAAUAUUGGAUAUCAAAAGAGAUGCAAGGUAUACAUCAGUGAGAUAGUUCUGUCUUGGAAACUUAAGACUUAUUAAGGUCAAAUACAGUCUUCAACAAUAACGUUAUUUCCAUCUCUGUCUACUUUAAGGAUGAAUAUAAAUUAACAAUUAUUUGGAUAAUUGAUGUUUAUAUAAAGGAUUAACUUAGUUUUAUCAAAGAUAGGUUUUCCCCAUUUGUACCUCUUUAUCAUGUUAGCCUCAUUUUCAAAUUACUUUGGGAUAUACGUCAUCUAUAUUGCUGCUCUUGGAUCAAUAGCAGUGCCCCUUUUGUCAUCAGAUAUUUUCAUUACAUUUUGAUUGGAUUUUCAUAUUUUAAAUUUCCGCCACCAUCCCCACCUCUCUCCUUUUGUUGCCAGUGCCUCUGGGGACUAUUUAGUAGUCAUUACUAUUGUUGUAUAUACAUGAACAUAUACAUGUACCUGUAAUUUUAUGAUCUUAAUUUUUGUAUUAUUUUUUUGUUUUUUGUUUAUACUGAUGUAUAUUUUCUUAUAUUCUCUACUCAUGCUGACGUAUGAGUUUCUUUUAUACUACUCAAGCUGCCGUUUGGGUUUCUUUUAUAUUUUCUCAUGCUUACGUAUGAGCUCUUAUUUACUUUUCAUGCUGACGUAUGAUUUUUUUUUUACUUUCUCAUGCUGACGUAUGAGGUCUUAAUUUGUACCCAUGCUGACGUAUGGGUUGCAUUUAUACUACUCAUGCUGACGUAUGAGUUUCUUUUACAUCUUCUCAUACUUACGUAUGAGUUUUUUUAAAUCUCUCUACUCAUGCUGACGUAUGAGUUUCUUUUACAUCUUCUCAUACUUACGUAUGAGUUUUUUAAAUCUCUCUACUCAUGCUGACGUAUGAGUUUCUUUAAUUCUCAUCAUGCAUGAUGUUAGAUCUUUUCUAUACUCAUGCUGACGUAUGAGCUUUUACUAUGUACUCAUGCUGACGUAUGAGCUUUUACUCUCUACUCAUGCUGACGUAUGGGUUGUUAUUUUAUUUUUCAUUUUUCAUGUACUUAUGAGCUCAAAUUUGUAUUGUUAAUGAUGAGCUCUUAUAUUUGAUACUCAUACUGUUUUUUGAGUUUUGUUUAUUUUAUUUACCUACCGAGGUAUUAAGGUGUUGAUUUUAAUCAUGCUGGACUUUUCGAUAAAAUUGUAUACUUUUAUCAUCAAAUUUUAUCUUAUCCCCCAAGUUUUCUGUAUAUAUUAAUUUUCAUUUAUAUGUUAAAAGGGGGAUAACUCUUAAUGUUUAUUAUGUGUAUGCAGCUGUUAGUCCCCAGUUUUUCCAAUGUAAUUUCUUUUUUCAUAUUAUAUGUUAGUUUUAAUAAAUAGUUUUAUUAGCA